GCGACGCUGGAAUGAAAAAAUAAAAAUGAAACUUCGUGUGGUUGUUAGUAAAGUUAGGGGUUUUUCCUACAUGUUCCUUCUUCAGCAACGGUCAAACCUCAAGCCGAGCAGAAAGGUCAAGAGGCGCGGCACCAGCGUUCAGCUUGAUCUCUCACCCAUACAGCCUACACACCACCACUAUCCAUGUUCCCCAGUCCUUUGUCAACUUAUCGCAGUUACACCUACCUCCUAGUUCCCUCAGCCCUGUACCAUCUCCUCCCCCUCCCUCCUUUAAACACGGACACCUUUCGCGUUCUCCACGGCCUGUUGAGCUCGACACCACUCCCCCUUCUCCCCCUAGCGUGGACGAUUGCCGCCCCUGGCCAGCGAGUGGACAAGGACGGACCGCGCAGGUAGCACGGGGAGUGACGUGUCGCCGCUCCUACACGGCACCUGAGCGACGUCACCGAGAUGGCUGUCGGACAGACCCCGCUGGACGCUUUACCUUCAAGCUCAAGUGCUAGUCUCCCCCUAAGGGCAAGGUGAACAUGUAACUGCCGUGGCGGAGCAGCGAAGUAACUGAAAAGAGCAGGAAGACGGAUUUACUCCGGGAGGCAAAACAGAAGCAGCUACAGCAUCACCAAGUGCAAUUUGCCAGUCCUUCCUGCGCCACAGCGACGUUGCAGCAACAAUCGACGUGACGGGGGUGGCAGCCACACUGUCGCCGCCGUGGAGUCUGGGACAUGCUGCAAGUGGAUAACCUCUCGCCCUCAGCCACGCUCACCUCAGCCGCCAACACGGCUUCCGUCGCAUCUACCGCAGCUCUUUCUGCAUACGAGAACCAGAACAGGGGGGUGACAAAUCUCGCCCUCCCCCAGUCUUCGCGCCCCCACCCAUCCGCCUUCCAAGACCACUGUCCGCAGGUUCAAGAAGGAGUCAGGAGAGCAGGAAGUGUUCUAGUUCACUGGACACAUAAUGGGCCCAGCAUGCAGUCGGCUGCUGGGAACGCGACCGACGAUGAUGACGAUGAAGAUGACGACGAUGAUGAUUCUCGCCCUUUCACCCCUCCACCACCCCGCGGACGCCUCAGCUACACGCGGUACCAGUUGGAGUUGCUGAACGGCAUUUACCAAGAAGUGCGCUACCCCAAUACAGUGCAAAAGCAACUGAUCGCAAAGCGCGUGGGGAUCACCCGCGAACAAGUCAAGAUCUGGUUCCAAAACCGUAGGCGAAAGGACGUAGUGGGAAGCAGAGCGGGAAACAGAGAUGCAGCCACCGCCGAGAAAUCCACCAAUGACUCUACUUCAGCCACUCGCGAUGCCAUCAUCAGCACCACGGCAAGCAGCAGGAGCACGUCCCCCAGCGUGUGUUCCAAGGAGGAAGACUCUCCAGACGCGGAAGGUGCUUCAGACAUGCUUUACGUGGGCAACGGGGCCACGGGAGAUAACAGAGCUGGCCACGAGGCUGACCUAAGGGGUGCCAACGUCGGCAAGACGGCCAGUCGAAUGGUGCCGGAAGUGGUGAUGCGCAGCGUCAUCUCAGAACUGGGACGCUUCAGCAGCGACAAGCUCAAGUCCAAGAAGAACAAGCGCAAGAACCGGCUCAAGCAGCGCGGGCGCACUCCCUCAUCGUCGUCGUCCUCAGCAGGAGGUGGGUCUGGAGGAGGAGGAGGAGUGCCGGUCCGAUUUACUCCAGGAGGUAUGGUGGCCGGAGAGGCCAGCGACGGGAGCGUACAUGCGAGGUCCUCCCUGAGCCGGCUGUUCUGCCCUUACGACAUGGUGGCGCCGCCUAACAAGGUCACUCCAACGGCUUUCCUCAACACCGCCGCCAACCGCUUCUACCACUCGUACGGCUCCUCGGCAUUCAGCAGUCCGCGCGAUAUCCGCCCCGACUCCCUACCCCCGGGUGGAGGCAUGGCCUGCAUGCCCAACCUGGAGGGGGUGGGCCUGUCCCCCGGCAUGGGAGGGGCUGUUCCUUCCGAUGCCAGCCACCACCACCACCAUCACCCGGUACUGUCGGGACUAGGAAUGGCGGGUGUGGGGCUCAUGCCUGUGGGCCAACCGCCAGGGACGGGGGCGCAUGAAGGACUUCCUGUGCUGUCCGACAUGCUGGGGCCUCAUCAUCACCGCCACCCUCUGGACUCCAGCACCCUCGGGAGGGAGGUCCGAGAGUCCUCCUCGCAGCCACAUCCCGCAGAGGACGCGAGUGAAAACAGGUCGACCACCCAUCAUCACAACCACCUUUCUCCCUUCAACAUGUCGUCAUCUUCUGCGCCUUCGUUGUCGAUGAAUCGUGUCUUCCCGUUCCCCAUUUUUGCUGAUCCUCCCAUCGUCCUAUCCAACCUAAACCAGCACGAGUCUUUGAGGGGACACUCAAGCUGGCCCGCCCUUCCGCCCACCCAUCUGAACCCCAUGUCCACGCUGGACGAGUCCUACAAACCUGUCCUGAUUUCCUCCAUCACCAACCCCUUCUACACGCACUCGUCGCCAACGCCACAUUGGCCCAUCCAGCACACAGCGCCAGAUUCUUCUUCUGCGGGAGGUUUUACUCAACUGUGACAACGCUCAGGCUCUUGUUAACAUGAAAAAGUGGGAGACACUUAUGUGGGCUUUGCCGGGAGGAAGUGUACGACAUUUAUGUGGGUUGUGAGACCCAACCGCACGAACAGACAGAACAGGCCUGUGAUACGCGAGUGCGACGUAAAGUGGUUGCCCGUUACCAACCAGACGAAUAAACAUUUCAUCUCACACCACGCAAAACUUUAAAUAACAGUUUCGUCUACUGACUGACAUUUUAGAAUGCUGGUGUCUCACAUAUUUUCUAUUGCCAGUUCGCACAGAGGAACAUGUUAGUUUAGCGCUGCACGUAUCGGAGAGAUUUUCUUCUUUUUACGUGUUUCAUUCCGAAGCCUUGCAGCGAGUGUGCUGAUCUAUGAACAUGUGAAUAUAAAUUUAUUUCUUUUCAAGUUAUCUUUUUUAUUUUCUAUUUUUCUAUUUUGUUGGUUUUUAUUUUUAGGGAGGUAUUAAGUGAGUUUUACUUCCUUUCCUUCCAAGUGUUUAGUAUAAAACUGUUCCACACUCUUUUAACAUUUCAUUUGUAGACAGAGUUGCGUAAGUCCGUCCGUGACUUGAUGCAGCGCUAGAUGCAAAUAUCACUUUACAAAAGCAAAGUCUACAUUUAAUUAACAUGCUCUUCCAGUUCUCACACUCCAGAUAAUUUUUAAAAAUGUCAUCGUAAAACUUACGAGAAAAUUUUCGUUGCAAUAGGAAACCUCGGAGACUCUGACGUAUAACUGUUGCGAUUGGUCGGUUUCUAAGAAAUAUAUUUCACAGGUUAGUAAACAAAUAUAUUUCACAGGUUUGUAAACAUGAAUGUUUCGUUGCAAAAUUUUAACAAGUAUGGACUUAUAAUACAUGAAUGCAGAAAAUCCAUUAUGAAACCCUGGUGAAGAAAAUUGUCUGGUUCUCGCAAUCGCUAGAAAAACACAGCAGGAUUGGCUGUUCCACCCAGGAUGCCAUCCAAUCAGAGGCCUGCAAAUGUCUCAUGCCCCUCCUAUCCCCACAACGUCGAGAUAAGAGAAACUUCCAUUCGAAGCAAAUCUUUCCUAGUAACAGCGGUUUCGCCAUUUUGCUACGUCUGCUUUUCUUUCAGAAUUUAAUCCCAGAGAAGUUUUUAAGUCCAAGGUUCCACAGUCGACGGUACUAUUGCUGAAGCGAAGCAAGAAUGGCACAGGAACCUGCCUCAAAAUCGAAGAUGACUCCGAUGGAAGCUGACGUUACAUGGAGAGAAUUCGUACGCGCCAUCAUGAGGAACCAGCUGAUUGUCUGGCCUCGCCGCUGGACCUUCAGGGUCAACAUGACGAAGGAGAUGUACGAAGCAAUGGAAGGCAAGCGGCCAUGGUCUCCUUUCGACGACAAGAAGAAGUACCCGCUGCCUCAUACACCAGAAGACAUGAAGGCGGGGGCUAUCAUCCUACCUCCCAUCGAGAUGCCACCGCCAUCUUCAUACCCUAGAACUUCUACCGGCCUGUAUGGCUGGCGUCCGAUGGGUCCGGCGUCAACACUUCUGCAGACACGCCUCAAUUUGAUCAAGAACGACUUCGGCAAGCAGGACAUCGUCAAAAGUUUUGGCUGGCCGGGGCCGAUGCCCUAACAAUCCCGUACAUACGGGUGCUGCUACUAACGUUCAUGCUGCACGUGCUGUCAUUUUGCCGUCUCUUUGAUUAGUCAAAUCGUGCCACGCGAGCGGUCAAACAGCAAGAGGCGUUUAGACUGAACACAACAAAGAAAAAUACAUUGCUCAUCGUAUUUGCAAACCGAUGAAUACGUCGAAUGCUUUGAAAUUAUGCAAGCGCGUGCAGCAAAGAAUAAAGACUGCCACAAGCUGUUGUCAGCUGCC